AAGCAAAAAACAGUUACCGAUUAGCAGUACUAUAUAUAUAUAUGGUACUUCCAAAUCUUUUCUCUCCUCGAGUGUCUUUUUAUCAUCUUUAAAUCUCAUUUCAUCUAUCAAAUAUCUGCAACCACUUCAUAAUUCCUGCAGUAUAAUUAGGUUACAGAGAAAACGAUGGAAAGAUAUCCUGUAAGAGAUAUUAACAGCAACAAAAGAAGCCACGAAACAGGUCAUGUUUCUCAGGAUAAAAGCCUGGAACUCAAACUCGCGCCUCCCGGAGAAAACAAGCCUCUUAUUUCUCUGCAUUACAUAUCUCAUAAGUCUCAUAGCAAUGACAAGAACAAAAAUUUGAUGAGUUCUGGAACUAAAAGAGAUUUCCUUGACACGAUAAUCGGGGAGAAAGGCCGGGAGAGGAACUGGUUGACAGGCAGUGGUGAUCAAGGAUAUCAGUCAGGUGUUAAUCUUGGUGCUCCCAACAGCUCUAAGAGGAUGGAUGUACGUCCGAUUGUGGGGUGGCCUCCAGUUCGCUCAUCAAGAAGAAAUCUUCUGAGCAGCAGCAAUUCCAGCAAGUUAGAGACGGAUUCCUCCAAGAACGGUGGGAAGAAAGGCGAAAAACCCGAAAUCACUGAGGAUAGUUUGUUUGUGAAGAUAAAAAUGGAUGGAGUCCCUAUCGGAAGAAAAGUUGAUCUGAAAUCCUAUUCUGACUACGACAAUCUUUCCUCCGCUGUGGAUGAACUCUUCCGAGGACUUUUAGCAGCUCAAGGGGAGAUAUCGAGUUCUGAGAAGGAGAAGAUGGAGAAGACGAAGACGAUAACGGGAUUAUUAGAUGGAAGAGGUGAUUAUACUCUUGUCUACGAGGAUAGUGAAGGAGACAGGAUGCUUGUUGGUGAUGUUCCUUGGCAAAUGUUUAUAUCUUCGGCGAAAAGGCUUCGGGUUUUGAAAGAGAUCUCCUCUUCCUACCUCAGAAAAAUCUAGGAACAAGGCGAUGCGGCGUUUGUUGAGUCGAAAUGAAGAGGGACAUGUAUGGAUAUAAAUAAGCUGAAAGAUCUUCACAGCCUACUGCUUGGCCAAGUACUCUAGUUCAAUAAGCAAAACAAUUAUAGUAACUGAUUGUUUUCCAUUUUUUCCUUCAAUGAAGAGGCAAACUGAGGGAAGUAAAAUAGCUAAAGCCUAAAUGUGAUGUUUGCAAUACACUGCCAAAGUACGGCAUCUUGUUUCUGAAAGAUUAUAUCAGUGUGGUUAUUGUA